UGGAGCAUCGUUGCUAAGUUGCAACAAUGGUGUUGAUGAGCCACAGCCUCAGAACCUGACUCCAAACAGCACAAGGUAAAAAGAGCUAAGAGUGAUGGAUGACUAACUGAAGGCUGCCCUGGCAGGGAACGAACCGAGCCGAGAGAGUUCUGGAUGGAAACCUUUGUCCAGAAGCUGCACGACCUGCGCGUCCCGGUUGUCCCGGCAACGCUGCUGUGGCUGGGUCUCUCGGGAGUUCUGCAGCAGACUGCGGGGCUAAGGGCCCCGGUGGCUGUAGACUGCCUCACCCUCGUCACCCUCGCCCGAGUCUUUGCCGUGCAUCGCUGUACUUCAAGUCAAUCACUACUCCAACUUAAGUCGCUUUAACUCAAAUGGAAAAGUAUGAGAAACUGGCUAAGAUCGGAGAAGGGUCUUAUGGGGUUGUAUUCAAGUGCAGAAACAAGUCAUCUGGACAAGUGGUAGCAAUAAAAAAAUUUGUAGAAUCCGAAGAUGAUCCUGUUGUUAAGAAAAUAGCGUUGAGAGAAAUACGUAUGCUGAAGUUGAAACACCCAAACCUUGUGAACCUCAUCGAGGUGUUCAGAAGAAAGAGGAAGAUGCAUUUAGUUUUUGAGUACUGUGACCACACGCUGUUAAAUGAGCUGGAGAGAAACCCGAACGGUGUUCCUGAUGGAGUCAUCAAAAGCGUGCUGUGGCAAACCCUUCAAGCCCUUAACUUCUGCCACAAACAUAAUUGUAUUCAUCGGGAUGUGAAACCUGAAAACAUCCUAAUAACCAAGCAAGGAAUGAUUAAGAUUUGUGACUUUGGAUUCGCACGGAUUCUGAUUCCAGGAGAUGCCUACACAGACUACGUUGCCACCAGGUGGUACCGAGCCCCUGAACUUCUCGUGGGAGACACAAAGUAUGGUUCCUCUGUGGACGUGUGGGCUGUCGGCUGUGUCUUUGCAGAGCUCCUGACAGGUCAGCCACUCUGGCCAGGAAAAUCAGAUGUGGACCAACUUUACUUGAUCAUCAGGACUCUGGGGAAACUCAUCCCAAGACAUCAGUCUAUCUUUAAGAGUAACCAGUUUUUCCGUGGCAUCAGCAUACCUGAACCAGAAGACAUGGAGACUCUUGAAGAAAAUUUCUCAAAUAUUCAGCCUGUGGCUUUAAGUUUCAUGAAGGGGUGUCUGAAGAUGAACCCAGAUGACAGACUGACCUGUGCCCAACUGCUGGACAGUGCCUACUUUGAUUCUUUUCAAGAGGAUCACAUGAAAAGAAAAGCCCGCAGUGAGGGAAGAAGCAGAAGGCGUCAGCAGAAUCAACUGUUGCCUCUUAUUCCUGGAAGCUGCAUCUCCCCCACACCUGACGGAAGAAAACAAGUCCUCCAGUUAAAAUUCGAUCACCUCCCUAACAUUUAGGGGACCUGAUCUCAGUGCACUUGCUUAAUAUGUAGAUAUUUUUGAAUAUAUGUAGCCCAAAUCCUAGCCUUACCAUAACCUAACCCUAACCCUAAUCCUAACCCUAACCCAAAUCCUAACCCUAACCCUAACCCAACCCCAACCCUAACCCUAACUGUAACCCUAAACCCUACCUUUCACAUAAUAAUAUCUGUAAUCCUAAACAAUGAAACAAACCUUAACCCUAGUCAUAACCCUAAGCAUAACCAUAACACUAUCCAUAACCCUAACUUGGACACUAGCUUUAAACUUAACCCCAACACUAACCCUAACCUUAAUCCUAACCCUAAAAACUAUUCCUAACCCUAAACCCUACCCUAACCCUAAACCCUAACCCUAACCAUAACCAUAACUCUAACCAUAAACUCAACACUAUCCAUAACCCUAACUCGGCCAAUAUCCCUAAAUUUAAUUCUAACUCUAACCCUAACUCUACACUCUAACCCUACCCCUAACUUGACACCACCCCUAAAUUUAACCCUAACCCUUAAACUAAACUUAAUUUUAUCCAUUGCACCACUGGCCUGCCAUCUAAGCCUUGCUUUAAUGCUAAUCCUAACCCUAAAUUUAACCCUAACCACAGCAUAACCCAAACCCUAACCCUAAAUUUAACCCUAACCCUGAUCCUAGCCCUAACCCUAAUCCUAACCCUACCCAUAACCCUAACUUGGGCAUUUUUCCUAACCUAAAACUGACCCUAAACUUAACAUUAACCUUAACCCUAACUCUAGUGUAUCCCUAAACCUAGCCCUAAGGCUAACCCUAACCUAAUCCUAAUUGUGACUCUAACUCUAACCAUACCCCUAACCUAUUCCUACAUCUAAACUUAACCUUAACGCUAACCCAAACUAUAACCCUAAACCUAACCCUACCCCUAACACUAACCAUUACUGGAACCAGAACCCUAACCGUAACCUAAAGUAAAACUAACCCUAACAUGAACCCUAACCUAACCCAAACCAUAAUCCUAACCAUAGCCCUAAUCCUAAUCUAAACCUAACCCUAGCACUAACCCUAAUCCUAACCAUAACCUAUUCCUAAAUCAAACCUUAACCCAAGUCUAACCCUAAGACUAACCCUAAACUAUCCCUAAACCUAAACUUAACCCUAACCCUAACCCUAAC